GCAGUCACGGGGUUCGCAGUCUUUUCGCCCUGCCUAGAGUCAGUCAGUCAGUCAGUCGGGGGAAGGCGAGUCAGCCUGCAAGCGCGUCUCUCUGUGUGGAUCCACCACCAUACACACACGUACACGCUCACACGGACCUUCACACACAAUUAUUGUUAAUUACUGAACCCUUUUCGGUCUUUUGAGAAUCUCUUUUUCCACCAUGGGCGACAAAAAGAGCCCAACCAGGCCGAAAAGACAAGCCAAACCUACAGCGGACGACGGAUUUUGGGACUGUAGCGUGUGCACUUUCAGAAACAGUGCCGAAGCCUUCAAAUGCAGCAUCUGUGAUGUACGGAAGGGCACGUCUACCAGGAAACCCCGGAUAAACUCCCAGCUGGUGGCACAGCAGGUGGCACAGCAGUACGCCAUUCCUCCUCCCCCAAAGAAAGAGAAGAAGGAAAAGCCUGAGAGGCCUGAGAAAGAUCGAGCCGAGGGGGAGCGUCCUGAUGGAAAUCCACAUGACAGCGAACACACGGACAAGGACAAGAGUGAGAAGGAGCAGCCUGACAAAGAGAAGAAGGACCGAGAGAAAGAAAUCACCCCAGCCAUCACCAAGAAACCCAACAGCAAAAAGAACAAACCCAAGUCAGACAGCCAUCAAAGCCCACCCAGUGAACGAAACAGCAUUCAGUCCGGCAAAUCCACAACCAAGACCAAGAACUCCCAUAUCUCCAGACCCAAGCUGAAGAACAUUGACAGGAGCACAGCCCAGCAGCUGGCCAUCACAGUGGGGAAUGUCACAGUGAUCAUAACAGACUUUAAGGAGAAGACUCGCACCUCCUCCACCUCGUCCUCCACAGUGACCUCCAGCGUCGGCUCUGAACAGCAGCACCAGAGCUCCGGCUCCGAGAGCAUGGACAAGGGCUCAUCCCGUGCGUCGACACCAAAGGGAGACCUCUCGGUCGGGCACGAUGAGUCAUUCUGAGACAGCGGGGGAUGUACUUUGCCUCCACUUUCCCCUCUCCUUGCCCUGAGUCAACUCAUAUUAAUUUCUAUCACUGAAAGAGGGACGUAUGGUCGUCUUACCCACACACACUCAACAUACCUACACAUACAUUUGUGUGAAUGGUGCAACCAUGGUGGACCAUGGAUUUUCCCUUCCUGGAGACAUCCCACUCUUGUAUGUAUUGUUUUAUAUUUGUACGUGGAUGGUGCAGCUGAAUCAACGUUUUUGUUUUGUUUAAAAAAAAAAAAUUCUAUAUCUAAAUGUCCGCUGUGCACAAUAACCACCGACAUUUGAACUAUUUCGUACCAUUAUUGCUCUUAUUUAUUGUUGCAUCUUUGUACUUUUUAUUUAUUUUUUUCGGAUGGAAAGUUUUGCUCAGCUAAAGUAGCUCAAGCCGACAGCUCCCCUUUAGUGUUGAAACAAUUUUUCCGAAGAUUCCUGAGAAACUUCUCACAAUGGUGCUAGAUACACUGUGAAAUGGUUUCAGUCCUCAGACUGACGUUCACACCAUAGAAACAGAUCCCUCUGCUCCUGAAAACAAUGGAAAUAUUUGUGUCCUGGUGUCAGGCUGCAUUCUUCUGUUGCUUUGUUUUAGGAUUUUUUUUCUUUUUGCGAGACUGAUCUGGACAUUUGUGCACUGACGGUCCUGAGAUCUGGUUUGGUCAACAUACUGAACGGAUGGUGUUUUGCAUCCGUUGUGUUAUGGAGAAGACCGCUGCAAUUCACAAACUGCAAGGAGACAUUGCAAGCAUGAUGUGAGCUAUGGAUUUGAUCGUUCGGAGAUGAAUUGAGCUUUCUCAAUGCUCACUUGGCUUAACAUCCAGUUUUGCAAUUGUAUUGAGAAACAUUUUAUUUGACGGCUUUUGUUGUCCUUCAUGGUCUACAUAUGAUGUAUUGUAAAAACACUAAAAGGGUUUGACUUCUCAAAGGCCUUUAAUUUUGAAGAACUGCUUUUUGCGUUUUACAGUUAUUUUUGAUCGAAAGAUACAGAUUUUAAUCUUAGGGCUUUACUCAGCCUUGUUUUAAUCUGAAGACAAACUUGUGAGUUUUUUCCCAUAAUCUCCAGAAAUUUAGAUGAUGGUAAGCAGUGCAGUAUUUACUAAAACAGUCCCAACUCUAGAAAUAAGAGAUAUUGUGCUGAACGUGAACUGUCACUGAAUGCAUGGGAACUCUUGCAAGCAUUCAGUACUUUUGAUU